UCUCUCCUCCUUUCCCCCCUUCUCCCUCCCUCCGCCCUGCUCCCCCACCCUCCCCUCCCUCGGGAUUCGCUUCUCCGUCCGUCCGUGCGUACGUGCGGGAGCAGGAGCGGCGCGAGGCGGCGGCGGCGGCGCCGAGGAGGAGUCGCAGCAGCAGCAGCAGGAGGAGGAGGAGUACGUGGGCGAGGAGGACGAGGAGGAAGGAUGGCGGCGGCGGCGGCUAGGGUUUCGAUCCCGGCGGCGGUGCGGCGGACGAUCCAGAACAUCAAGGAGAUCGCGGGCGGCCACACCGACGAGGAGGUCUACGCCGUGCUCCGCGAAUGCAACAUGGAUCCCAACGAGACCACCGAUAGGCUCCUCAGCCAGGGUGCAUUCCAUGAGGUUAGAAGAAAGAGAGACAAGAAAAAAGAGAACAGCAAAGAAUCUACCGAUGCUCGAUGGAGGGCUGGGAUGCAAGGGAGAGGUGGAAAGGGUGGAUGGGGAAACUCUUCACGUCAACCGUCCAACUCUACCGACCUUACUGGGAGAAAUGCUCCUGUUGAAAAGGAAAUUGAAGUGAAUCCAAAUGUGGACAAAUGUAGCAGCUCUUUACCUGUCAAUCCAAACACAGACACCAAGAUGUGUACUUCAAUUUCAAGUUUGUCAGGUGGCCAAUCAAAUGGUUCAUCUGAGCCUGUUGUUUCCAUGGAGAAAAAUUCUCUUGUGAUGGGUCAGUUGCAGAUAUCAGAUUCGAAAGGAAUAUCUGAUUUGGAACGUACUCCAGAAAAGCUUGUCAUGGCUUUAGGUCCAGAUGUAAGACUAUCAUUAAUACAAUCAACACCAUCUAUUUCAGGAGAAUGCAUCCCAGCUUCAGACCCGGAACUUACACCACCCCCUGAAUCCCACAGCCACGGUGAGACUGGUUCCACCAAACAUGCUUUAGCAACUCAGUUGGCAGCAAGAGAAAAGGUGGUUUCUAAUGAUGUAUCAACGGCUUUACAAGGCACCUCUCGACCUUCUGGUUCGUCAUCCAUUGCGGUACCUUCUGGUAGUAGUAGGCCUUCUUCAAGCUGCAGUAGUCGUGCACAGCAGUUGAUCGGUGUGCAGAAAGUUGUUCCAAAUAAAGAGUGGAAGCCAAAAUCAACAAACAAACCUGCCCAUGCUGAAAAUGUUAUAUGUGACAAAGUGCUUUCUUUGGAGACUAUUUCCCAGUCAAUUCUAGCAUCUGAUUCCAUUCAUAAGGAAGACACCACUUCAGGAGUGGACAAAAAGCAGAGUGAUUCGCACUUGUCUGACAGGCAGCAUGUCAUCAUUCCUGAUCACCUUCAAGUUGCAGAGUCAGAAAAAUAUGGCCUCAGUUUUGGCAGUUUUGGUGCCUGUUUUGAGAAAGCUACAAGUGUUUCAAAAGACUCCGAAAGCGAGAAAUGCUCUACACCUCAUUGUGAAUCGUCUCAGGAUGCAGAUGAAGCUGUGGAUGAACCUGUUGCAAGUCAUCAGGGUGUAUCCUCUACUGUUGAAAUGGCAGCUGAGCCAGAUCUGCAGCAGCUGCCUGUUGAAACGGCAGAUAAUAUUUUACCUCAGAAGGUUGAUAGUUCCUCGAGUACCCCUGAAGCCGCAGAAUCAGACCAAUCAAAUGAUCCAGUAGCUUCACAUGUACCGCAGGAUUCAGUUGAAACUACUACAUCUUACCUGCCACCACAGUCGCAUGGAGAUCAGACUCCACUUGAAACUUCUGAAUCUCAGGUACAGCAGGCCAAUGACUUUUCUGCAGGCUAUUAUGCACAACUUUACCGACCAAUUGCUGAUUUUGAUGGCCGUAUCUCACCAUUUACUGCUUCUGGAGCUGCUGUCAAGUACGGAAGCUUGCCGGUUAUGCCCACGCAAACUGGCCAUGCUCAAGAGUUGCCACAGGGAAUCAACUCCUUUGUGCUGCCUUCAGUUGGGUCUACUCCACUUGCCACCCCAACCCCUGGAGCUGUACCAAGUUCUGUUAGUAUUCCACAACAGCCACUUCAAUUAUUCCGUCAGCCUCUAGGUGUUUUGCCUCCCUACCCAGGUUAUAUCCCAUACAGUCAGUAUCCACUCUAUGUUCCACCACCACACCCCCUUACGCAUUUCAUGGGUAAUGCGGUGUUUCCUCAGCCCCCUUCAACUGGAGGCAUGUAUCCACCUGUAAGUUCAGCUGUUGCACCACCAGCCAAAUAUGCAACCAAUACAUACAAGCCUGGUGCUAACAAUGGAACCCAGGCACAUGCUGGAAACCCUGGUGCCUAUGGAACAUAUGAUUCUAGUCCAUCCGUCUAUACAAAUAAUGCUGUUGUGGCAAGUGGAACUUCUGUAGAGAAUGAUGAUAUCAGUGGAUCCCAAUACAAGGAAACUAAUGUCUAUAUUGCUGGGCAGCAGAACGAAGGCUCUGCUGUCUGGAUUUCUGCCCCUGGACGUGAUAUUUCUGGUCUCCAGCCUAGCUCCUAUUAUGGACUGACCUUGCAGGGGCAGCACCUGGCGUUUGCCCCUGCUCAAGCUGGCCACGGUACUUUUGGAGGGAUAUAUCACCCGGGACAGACAAUGGCUGGAGCCGCUGUUCAUCCACUACUGCAGCCACCACAGGCCAUUGCUGGGGUUGGUGGUGAAAUGGUUGGCCCACCUGCCAAUGGUUAUCAGCAGCCACAACGGGCCCAGAUGAACUGGCCUAAUUAUUAACGGAGGUAGUAUAUUAUUUCGAGUAGCCACCAUAGGAUGAAAAAGAACAGUUAUUUGUUGGAUACCUAAGUAUUGGCAAAGGAGAGUUUUUUUUGAGCUUUUCAGCAUAGAGGUGCCUGAUCAAAGAGUGUAUAUAUCAAAGCAUGGAUGAUCUGCAAGGAAAUGUUGCAGAUUCCCAAAUGGUCGAGCGCUUAUUUCUGUGGUGUUAUAUGUUAGCUGGAACUGACCAUUCAGUUAGAGACGAGGGUCCACGCAGGUUCCAAUUUUUUUUUUUACCCCUUUUUGGCCUUUGCUUCCCUUCGUUUUAAGUUUGCUGCAAGAAAGCGUGGGUUAUAGUUACUUUGGACAUUUGAAGUUCAUUGAAGUGAGCUGGUGGGAUUGACGUUAUUUCUGUAAAGUAAAUUUUGGUGCUUCGAGAAACAUGUCAGUACUGUUGUACUUCGGUGUAAUACAAACAGGCCAAACCCUCGAGCUGCAGCGAAAUCUUUAUUCUUUUCAGACGGAA